AUGAGUGGACCGCCCAACCCUCCGUCAGGCCGCACCGCUCCCGCCAGACCUCAGUUCAAGGAUGCCAUUCCCGAACUCGUGUGUAAGAGGAUGAAGCCAGACGGCACGCUCUGCGGGGAGCGCUUCUUCACUCGCAAGGGCUACCUAUCUCAUGGGCGAUCGCUCAAGAAGCACUCUGCUCCAGGCGUCGUGCCGCCUCAGCCUCGACCGCAAACGCAGGCGCACACUGCGCCUCAGCAAGACGACCACUCCGGCCUCUACAUGGACGGACCGGCUAGCCUCGGCGACCUCGCGCUUCCUCAACUGCUCGACGCUAUGCCGUAUGUUGAGCUGCUGGACCUCCAAGCGUCGACACUGGACUACGCUGGGGGCCAGGCCGAGCGGCACACACUCCACGUGUCCACGCCACCUCAACCUACUACGGCCGCUGCGGCGAAGAACGAAGAAGAAGGAGGAGAUCUGCUCGCCCUUGCCGGCGACCCCUGCCUCUACCUCGAGCUGUUGAAAAGCGCCGGCUUUUUUCCCCUGUGA